GAACUGACAAAUCUUUAGUUCUGGAUACUCCGCUCUUCUCGUGGGCCUACGUUCGUAAACGCUUCGACCUCUACGCAUUCGCCGAUGACCUUUACCUCUCGCAGAACGCUCGAUACGUCAUGUGAGGGAAGCAUACCGAUGGUGUUAUACAGCAGACAGAUCAACCGCCGCGGGCUACCUAACCAGGUGGAAUACGUGUUACCUCUGCCUAUCCCAACCGAGCAGGAAAGAACAUGCGAUCGCCUUCGCUGGUGGUUUCACGUCAUACAUGGACUUUCACUGCGCGAUGGGACAUCAGACAAAUUGAUAUGCGUCCCGGCUAUACAAGGACGCGGAGCUGAUCUCCGAGCGACCGGCCGAUUUCGAGUGCCACACCUACCUGCUGUCCGGAUCAACCCACCGCCAACUGGUGGCCGGCACAGCGGACAGUCUGAUACACCAAGCCCUUCGAGAUCAUCCAUAGCGACCUAUCGAGCAAGUUUUCCCGCCAGAGCCUUGGCGGAUCGCGAUACUAUAUUUCGUUUAUCGACGACUCCACCCGACACGCCCGGGUCAAGUUCCCGCCGCGGAAGGCCAACGCCCUACAAGCUGUCGAGGGCUUCGUCGAAUGGGUCAAUACACGGCACAAUCAGCCAAUUCAACGAUUCACUGGUUCUGUCAUCAAGCGUGUCAAAUCAGACAAUGGUGGUGAGUAUAUCGCCUCCCGCCUUCAAGAUUUCCUUCGGCGGAAAGGCAUAGUGCACGACACCGUACCGCCAUAUCAUGAGCUUAACGGCGGAGCGGUUGAACCGGACCUCCAGCGCCG